AUGUUUGAUGAGGAUUGGGUCAAGUCCAAAGGGCCGGAAUCUCCGCAGUCCCAACAAACGGACUCCAUCAUGGAAGACAAUGUGGAUGAGCUUGCGGAAGAUGGCCCAUCGUACAACCUUGGAUGGGGGGAUAUGGAUGCCGGAUCUCAAGCUGCUGCAUCUGUGUCGGUGGAUGACAUCUCUACUGGGCCUUCAUACGAUCUAGGAUGGGGUGCGAACACCACGAUCUCCGACAUUGACACUGACGAUAUAUCGAAGUCGGCCGAGAUGGCAGAAGGACCUGCUUAUGAUCUCGGAUGGGGUGGUGCUGACACUGCAUCUGGAUCCCCUAUCGAUGCCUGCAUGGAGUUGUCGAGUGGCGGGAAUGAUGGGCCGAUGUAUGAUCUUGGGUGGGGCCCUGCCUUGCCAUCAUCUGCCGGUGACGUUGAAGGGACAUCCGGUGAUGAGGUGGGCGGUGAUGAAAGCCCAGUAUACGAUCUUGGGUGGGUCCAGAUCCAACAAGAGCUAUUUCAUACUGAAGCACCCGAGGAACCGACAACUGGGGCCGACAACUCGAGAGCGGACAACAUCAUUGAUCUUUGUAGCGAUGAAGAGCCGGUGUAUGAUCUCAGAUGGGAAAAUCAUGAACAAGACAUCAUUGAUCCGUCGGGCGACAGAGAUGAUAAUCCCACAAAUGCGACAGAAGACGUGAAAUGGAAACCCGGACGGCCGAUCCGCGGAGAUUCGGACAUGGAACAAGAUGAUCGGGAAAGCUCGGCCGUUGAAAUUAUAGAAGAUGAUUUGCAAGGCACCCAGACCAUUCUUCGAGUGAAUCGUCGACUGAAAACAAUCGGUAACACCAUGGCCGACGAGCACAUCCAUGCCAUCGUAGAGAAUGCUACACAUGGCUUGACUGCAUCUCGCUUACCGGCCGAGAUUCUGAUCGACAAUAGGAGUAUACUUGGAGGGUACGCUGGCACCCAGGACCGGGUCACCACAUAUUACAGUGACCUAUCUCCGUAUAAUACGAGGGAACGAACAUGCAUAAUAUCCCGUAUGAUACGGGCCAGCGGACCAUGGGCCCAUGAUAAAAAUAUCCUCGACUAUGACGGAUGGACCGGGAGGCAAAUUAUUCCCGAUGGAGGCGGGUGGGCCCAUGCAGGGAAUAUAUAG